AUGAACAAAGUGAUUCUGUUCGCUUCAAUCGCUCUUCUCACCAUUGCCCGUGCCGACAUCGAUGAAGAAAUUGAACAAAUGCUAUGUCAAAGAAUGAAAACCGACUGUGACGCGUCCAUCACGUAUCAAAACCAGAACAGGGUCGUCACUCUGAUCGAUUGCUUCACUUACGGCAUAGCAUGCAAAGAAUCUACGGCUCCGUUGGCGAAUCGUAAUGAUGAAAAUCGUGGACAAUGCUUUAAUCGCAUGUUGGAUUGUGUAUCUGUAACCAAUGGUGUCAACGGAUUCAUGUGUAUUGGAUACGGACAAGCAUGCCACAUACUCCAAGCGAGCGAAACGGAUAUUCUGUUGAUACAGCCGUCGCAGCCGUCACUCACCUCGGCAUUGAUCUACAGUGAACCUUCGAUCAUACCGAGUGACAACGGUACUGAUAGCAGUAGCAGUGAUAAUUGUGACGAGAUAAGUUAUGACGAUGACAGUUUCGGGGAUUAUCAACCAGAGGAUUCUGAUGAGGCGGUGAUUCCGGAUUCUGCGAAGAUUACGAAUGUUAACGAUAAUAAUGCUGAUGCAAAUAAUGAUAUUAAUAUUAACAAUAACAUUAGUGAUACUANNNAUAAUAAUAAUAAUAAUAAUAAUAAUAAUGAUAAUGAUAAUCGAGACAAAGAUCGAUCGAAUGCUCUCCAGAAGACGGAAGCAAUCGAUCCGAAAUCAUUGCAGAAUGAUGUUAACGAUCUGAUAAUACGUGAUUGCACACAGAAGAAACGUAGUAAUACGGAUGAAAUGCUCACAAGUGAAUUAGAGAUAGAUGCCCAGCAUUACCGUAUACAGAAGCGAUAUUCAGUGCCAAAUGGUAGACGCAGACAUCUGACUGAUAUUGAUUUCGAGGAUCAUUUUGUAGGCAUAUUGAAUUUAAUCGGUGGAUGUAAUAUGUGGCAAAUAAUAAUCUACGUUUUAAUCUCGACCCAACAAAUACCACACGCAAUGUUCAAUUUGAACGUCGUUUAUAUGAUGUAUCAACCGGAUCAUUGGUGUAAGAUGGAAGAAUUUUCAAAGGCAUUGGUCGAGAGCAAUGUCACGUUGGGUAGAGGGUGGAGUUGGGAGGCGCUCCUGAAUUCCAGUAUUGCGUUU